AUAUGUGUAUCACAAGUAACGUGCACGCACUCAGAGAGAACCAAAUCCACAAGCUAAGCGAGAGCAAAGCAUACCCCGGCAGCGUUCAGUUAUUCGCUGGAACUUGCCGCGAACGGUUCGAUCCUCGAUUGGACGAUAGGGCCCUCUUCCCCCAGAAGUACACAAACGAGGGAAAUAAAACCACCAUUCUCUGCUUGUACAAAACCUGUUCCGGAUGUGCGUUGGUGUUGGUGUUGUCCGUUGCACACUUGUUGCUCCUCCCUCAAUCGACGAGAGCAAAGGAAACCGUACAGCCGAGCAGCAGCAACAGCCAGUCACUCAGCCCGAGUGACGACGGACGAGACGCAUCGUAAUCGGCAGCAAAAAUGGAAGCCCAUCCGAUGGACGACUUUUGCGGGUCCCGAUUUUGGGACCAAAAUUUAACAUGGUACACGGAGGAUCCGGAUUUGACAACAUGUUUCCAACAGACGGUGCUCGUAUGGACGCCCUGUGCCUUUCUGUGGGUUUUCUCACUGAUUGAGCUGUACUACCUGCGAAACAGCCGCAAUCGCAACGUUCCCUGGAGCGUGUUGAAUAUCACAAAAUUAGCUAUCGUUAGCACGUUGAUUGUGCUAACCAUCGUAGAUCUAAUCAAGGCAAUCUCAACGGACGAGGCGGUGGCGCCGGUCUACUUUUACACCCCGGUGAUAAAAAUCGCCACUUUCGCUUUUGCUGCGGGGCUAAUAUACUUAAAUAAGUUCUAUGGAAUGCGAACGUCCGGGUUGAUGUUCCUUUUCUGGGGCUUCCUCGUCCUCUGCAGCAUUCCACGCUGUCGGACCGAAGCUCGGGCACACCAACGCCGGCAGGAAGCCGAUUCGUGGGCAGAUUAUCAUUUUGCCAGUUUCUUUAUUUUCUUCGCCGGAUCGUGCCUAAUGUUCCUGCUGAACUUCGUCAUCGACAAAGCACCACAACAGACAAAAUACGAAAUAACGGACAAGGAUUGCCCGGAACUGUCAGCUACUUUCCCAUCCCGAUUAGUUUUCGGAUGGUUCGACAAACUGGCUUGGACUGGGUUCAAGAAACCUCUGGUAAACGACGAUCUCUGGAAUAUGAAACCAGAGGAUGCUUCCAAGGAAGUGUCUCCGUUAUUUAUGAAAUAUUGGAACGAAACACUGGAGAAAACGUACAAAACUCGGAAGGUGCACGACGUUACUAGUACCGCUAGUUUCAAAAAGCAGUCGGCUCGUGUAGAUUUCAAGACGAUCAAGACCAAGAAAAUUGCGUCGAUUCUACCAGCUCUCAUUAAAGCUUUCGGUCCUACGUUUGCUUUCGGGUCUUUUCUGAAAUUGGGGCAAGAUAUUUUGACCUUUGCUUCUCCGCAAAUCCUGAGACUGAUCAUCAAUUUUGUCGGCGGUGAGGAACCUUUGUGGAAAGGUAUUUUCUACGCACUUUUGCUAUUCUUCGUAGCCGGAACGCAAACUCUGUUUUUGGCACAGUAUUUCAACCGGAUGUUCUUUGUCGGAUUGCGAAUUCGCACGGCGCUCAUCAGUGCCAUCUACCGGAAGGCUCUGAUCAUUUCCAACAGCGCUCGGAAAGGUUCGACCGUGGGUGAAAUCGUCAAUCUGAUGGCCGUCGAUGCCCAGCGCUUCAUGGAUCUGACUACAUACAUCAACAUGUUGUGGAGUGCACCGCUGCAGAUUGCCCUGGCGCUGUUUUUCCUGUGGGAAAUUUUGGGCCCGUCGGUGCUGGCCGGGCUGGCUGUGAUGAUUAUCCUAAUUCCCGUCAACGGGGUCAUUGCCAACAAAAUCAAAACGCUGCAAAUCAAGCAGAUGAAAAAUAAGGAUGAACGAGUCAAACUGAUGAACGAAGUGCUGAGUGGCAUUAAGGUCCUGAAACUCUACGCUUGGGAGCCAAGUUUUGAGCAGCAAAUUCUGAAAAUCCGCGACAAGGAAGUUAAAGUGCUUAAAUCGGCUGCUUAUUUGAAUGCUGGAACAUCGUUCAUCUGGUCGUGUGCUCCAUUCUUGGUAUCAUUAGUUACCUUCGCAACCUAUGUCAUGGUGGAUGAGAAUAACGUCCUGAAUGCUACCACAGCUUUCGUCUCACUCGCACUCUUCAACAUCCUUCGGUUUCCGCUCUCGAUGUUACCUAUGCUCAUCUCUAACAUGGUGCAAACUAGCGUAUCCGUGAAACGUAUCAACAAAUUCCUCAAUCAAGAAGAACUUGACCCGGACAACGUUACGCACGACGAAAAGGAGUCUUGUCCCCUGGUAAUUGAAGAUGGUGUGUUCUCGUGGGGUGACGAUGAAACCACUCUGCGGAAUAUCAACAUAAAGGUACAGAAGAAUGAGCUGGCCGCCAUCGUAGGUACGGUCGGAUCCGGCAAAAGUUCGGUAUUGUCUGCCUUCCUGGGAGAGAUGGAUAAAAUUUCCGGUCGGGUGAAUACGAUUGGGAAAAUCGCCUACGUCAGUCAGCAAGCGUGGAUUCAGAACGCUACUCUGCAGGACAACAUUCUGUUCGGUAAACCGAUGGAUACCAAGCUGUACAAUAAGGUUAUUGCGGCAUGUGCGCUGAAACCGGACAUUGAAAUGCUGCCGGGCGGAGAUCAGACGGAAAUCGGUGAGAAGGGUAUUAACUUGUCUGGUGGUCAGAAGCAGCGUGUUUCGUUGGCUCGAGCUGUAUAUAGCGAUGCGGAUAUAUACUUCUUGGACGAUCCAUUGAGUGCCGUGGAUUCGCACGUUGGAAAGCACAUUUUCGAGCAGGUCAUCGGCGAAAACGGACUGCUAGCCAAGAAAACUCGCGUACUGGUGACGCAUGGUAUUACGUAUCUGCCGAAUACGAAUGUGAUAUACGUCAUGAAAGAUGGUGAAAUUUCCGAAUCUGGCUCAUAUCAGGAGCUGAUGGAGAAGAAGGGAGCAUUUGCAGAUUUCCUAAUUCAGCAUCUGCAGGAGGUAAACGAGGAAGAGGAAGACAUCGAUGAGAUCAAGGCGCAACUGGAAUCGAAUGUUAGCAGCGAGGAGCUGAAACAUAAAUUUGAACGAGCCAUCAGUAAACGAUCAAGAAGUGGUAGCACUUCAUCUGGUGGAAAUGAGUCGUUUUCCAGACAAAACUCCGACAUCAGUGGGAGCCAGAGCAGUUUAAGGCGAAGAACUCCGGAAAAGAAAAUACCAGAAGAGGCGCAGAAGAACAAGCUGAUUGAACAGGAAAAGUCGGAAACGGGAAGUGUGAAAUGGGAAGUCUACAAACAUUAUCUGAAAAGUAUUGGCCUUACGCUCUCGGUGGCUACGGUGUUUCUGAACAUGAUAUUCCAAGGAUUUUCGAUAGGAUCUAACUUGUGGCUCUCAAGGUGGUCGACCGACGAAGCGGCAGAAAAUGAUACCAGCGUCAGAGAUAUGUACUUGGGAGUGUACGGCGCUUUUGGUGCCGGCCAAGUGUUUACGGUGCUUCUGUCCACGUUGGCCCUGUAUGUUGGGGCGCUGAGCGCAUCACGUAUCCUGCACAAGCAGUUGCUCCAAAAUGUGCUCCGGGCACCAUUGGCUUCGUUUUUCGACGUUACUCCGUUGGGCCGGAUAUUGAAUCGCUUCAGCAAGGACGUCGACACAACCGACACUGAUCUGCCGGCCACGCUCCGUGCCUGGAGUGCCUGCUUCUUCGGGGUGGUAGCCACGUUGGUGGUAAUCAGUAUCUCAACUCCGAUUUUCGCCGCCGUUAUCGUACCGAUCGGUAUUCUGUACUACGCUGUGCAACGCUUCUACGUGGCCACAUCGCGGCAACUGAAGCGUCUGGAAUCGGUGUCCCGCUCGCCAAUCUACUCACACUUUGGUGAAUCGAUCCAGGGAGCACAAACCAUUCGUGCCUAUGGCGUUCAGGAUCGGUUCAUUGUUGAAUCGGAAUCUCGCGUGGAUUUCAACCAGGUAUGCUAUUUCCCAAGUAUCAUCGCCAACCGAUGGCUGGCCGUCCGUUUGGAGAUGGUCGGAAAUCUGAUCAUUCUGUUUGCCGCCCUUUUCGCUGUUCUGGGACGAGAGACCAUGAACCCCGGUCUGGUGGGUUUGUCGGUUUCCUAUGCGUUGCAAAUCACCCAAACUCUGAAUUGGUUGGUCCGGAUGACAUCCGAUGUCGAGACGAACAUUGUUGCGGUGGAACGUAUCAAGGAGUACGGAGAGACGAAGCAAGAAGCCGCUUGGGACCUGCCGAACAGCAACUUGCCACGCGACUGGCCGGAACAGGGACGUGUCGAGUUCCAAGACUUCCAGGUGCGAUAUCGGGAAGGGCUUGAGUUAGUGCUGAAAGGCAUCACAUUCGCCGUGGAAGGUGGUGAGAAAGUAGGAAUCGUUGGUCGAACCGGUGCCGGAAAGUCUAGCUUGACGCUGGCUUUGUUCCGCAUUAUUGAGUCUGCCGGUGGAAAGAUCGUUAUUGAUGGGCAGGACAUUUCUAAGCUUGGCCUGCACGCGUUGCGAUCGCGAUUGACCAUCAUUCCACAGGAUCCAGUUCUCUUCUCUGGAACUCUGCGUAUCAAUCUGGAUCCGUUCAAUAUACAUUCCGAUGAAGAUAUAUGGAAAGCAUUGGAACAUGCUCAUCUUAAAUCUUUCGUGAAAGGUCUAACGGCCGGCAUCAACCACGAGGUGAGCGAAGGCGGAGAAAAUCUGUCCGUUGGCCAAAGGCAGUUGAUUUGCCUUGCGCGUGCUUUACUGCGUAAAACUAAAGUACUUAUUCUGGACGAAGCCACUGCUGCUGUAGAUCUGGAAACCGAUGAUCUUAUUCAGAGAACUAUCCGUACCGAGUUCAAGGAUUGUACGGUCCUAACGAUAGCGCAUCGGCUCAACACCAUCAUGGAUUACGAUAAAGUGAUCAUCCUGGACAAGGGUCAAAUUUCUGAGUUCGCUGCACCAAGCGAACUCCUUCAGAACAAAUCGUCGGCUUUCUAUAGCAUGGCCAAGGAUGCUGGAUUAGUGUAAUUAUCUGUUUUAUCGUUUAUGUCUGUGACAGAUUUUUUCGUGAACAAUAAUUUAGGACAAAUGUUUAAACUAACAUCGUAAGCGUGACGUUUUCGUUAUCGUUCAUUGCCCGUUAUGCUACUAAUGAUUUCUCGUCGUCAUACUUAUUAACAGUGAUUCGUUUGGGCAUUUAUUCCUUAUCUGUCGACGGUGUGAAAACCAUGAACGUACUUAUCAAACGGGUAGAACUUUCAGUAUUCGAAAAUUCGAAAACGAAUCUAUCAAAUUGGCUGCAACUUCGGAACAUCAUACUUAAUUUCACAUUUACGGCGUACACUUAGCUUAUGAAUGCAUGAUAUUUUACAAUAGAAUACUUAAAAAAAGGUGAUACUUAAAGUUACGAGCAACCAACGUCUCAAUGCCAAAAUACGCCACCUUCAUAGGAUGACACUACAUACCACGACAUCUUGGAACAACAUUCAUCCAGCGUAAUCUACUGAUUAGUAAGAAACUUCAAAAUGUGUUCAAUGCAGUACACAACAUUCGAGAUAUAUACAAUAGUGUAAUAAGUAGACAAUAACCUUUAGUAAUGUCCCUUUUUUAUUCCACUAGCAGAAGAAAGUCAAGAAAAGAACAAAACAGUAAUUUGAACAUUCAAGAUGAAGCUAAUUUUGGUUCGCCUACAACAUGACUAGCUUAAGUUCAGCAAGAAAAAAAGAAAAA